CAAUUGUACAUAUUUAGUGUUUUGACGCUUUUGACGUAUUAAAUUUUUGACGUUUUCGUCUUAUAUAAACCGACAACAGCAUAGAGGAAUAAAUCAUUUUGCAAAAUAUACCGUUGCAGCAAUGAUUCGAUCUGCACUUGUUCCCACACUUUCUAAAGGAUGGAAAUCUUUGGCUCCCCGCUGUAUCACUUUAGGAAUCUAUUCGAAUCACACUCGUGAAAAAAACACUCUUCCUGUGGUCGAGAAAGAUAAGCCAGAGAAAGUGCCAUAUUCUCCGUUUGGCCGAAAGCAAUCCAACUGGGCGGAUUGGACAGUUGCUCGUUUGGAUGACAUUCUCAAUUGGGGACGCAAAGGCUCUAUAUGGCCACUUACUUUCGGAUUGGCUUGCUGUGCUGUAGAAAUGAUGCACAUUGCAGCACCUCGUUAUGAUAUGGACAGAUUCGGUGUUGUAUUUCGUGCAUCGCCUCGCCAGGCUGACGUGAUAAUAGUCGCAGGAACAUUAACGAACAAGAUGGCACCCGCUUUGAGGAAGGUAUACGAUCAAAUGCCGGAACCAAGAUGGGUUGUUUCAAUGGGCAGCUGUGCGAAUGGAGGCGGAUACUAUCAUUACUCGUAUUCUGUCGUUAGAGGAUGUGACCGCAUAAUUCCUGUAGAUAUAUAUGUCCCAGGAUGUCCUCCAACGGCUGAAGCAUUGCUGUAUGGAAUUCUACAGCUGCAGAAAAAGGUUAAGCGAAUGAAAACUCUUCAGAUGUGGUAUAGAAAAUAGAAAAAUUGUUGUGUUAAAUGCGCAUUAAAGAAAUAUAAAUAGAUGUUGGUAGCUUCCCAUUAAAGGAAUUCGAAUAAAAAAAAGCAACAUCUUUUACAUCUAAUGCUUUAAUCUUCAAUGAGAUCCGUUGUACAUAUUUUAUAGGUAAUGCUGAAUAACACGCGUAUGAUAUACUCGGAAUAACAAAAUUCACGCAGAUUGAAUGUUAUAGUUUGAGUAUUAGUGUUCAAAAGCAAACUUGUGUUCAACCAAACAAUAAUAAAGUUAUUGAUUUUUGAAUGGUGAUAGA